GAACGCAAGACAACUGUCGUCCAGCAGUACUGGAGAAGAAGUGUCUACAGUAUUGUAUGAAACGUCGAUGGACGUCGCACGGACUGGGUUAUGCGGCGGUGCUGACGGCUCUGGCCGGACUCGGUUACCAUCAACGUGUCGUGCGAUGGUACGGGAGGACGUCCAUUGCCCCGACGUUGGACUUCCCGUCUAUCGUUACUACUAGUCCAACACUGACGCACGGGACCGACCCCACUCGGCAUACAUUCUACCUACUCCCCGUGCCGGAACUCACCACCUGGUUGGUGGGGAACUUUACGUCGGAAGCCGUCCACUUUUACAACCAUACGAUCAACGAAGAACGGGCCGAAAUCUGGCUGCAUCGAGGAUUCGAACGUCUGCAGCACCACCACGGACGCACCGAAGACCCCGACGAAGCACACGUUGUGAUUAUACCAGCCUACCUGCAUUUCAACGCCUUUUUAUUGCGCAACCUCGGUAUUGCCGACGAGGCAACGCACCGGGGUCGACGCCAGCGUCCCGUGGAACAACACGACACGGAACGUAAACCUAACUCGUUGCCCUGGACAGCCUCGCUCUGGGGUCCGGAAAUUAUUCGCCGGGUACGGGUACACAACGUUAGUAAACCUCACGUUUUGGCCGUACCGACCUGGAAUCCUAAAGUCAGUCGCAAAAUUGGUCUCCCGACUUUGGUGCACUCGUUGACCCGUAACGAAGUCAAUCUCUACGCCUUGGGCCUGGAACGCAACUCGUUUUGGUACCAUUUACCAACAACACGCAUACUGCCCGUUCCCUACGUUGUUGCCACCGCCGACCACGCCAUUGCAACGGCCUCUCCGGCGCUAUCGAUGACCCCACGAACGCCGUCUACCGCCACUACACCGUCCACCCGCACUAUCUUUUUCGCCGGCGAUGCCCGUCCCAACGCUGGCUUCUGGUCCGGUUGCCAUCGAGCGCAACUCCUAUUCCCACUCGUCAAUGUUACCCUAUCGACGACGGCUGCCACCUACCACAUGGACGUGCGCGUGAGCUCAAAAACUCUUCCCCAGCGACUGUCCCAAGCCGCGUACAAUGAUCGAAUACGGACGGCAACUUUUUGUUUAAUUCUUUGUGGGGAUACACCAACGUCACGCUCGCUGGCAUCGGCCAUGAGUCGCGGUGGGGAUCCGAAACGUGACGAGAAGGACGACAGGAACGGUUCCAUAGAUUCGGGUUGCGUUCCGCUGCGCAUUGGAUCGCGUUGGCGAGGAUUUUGCGACGCACCCUGCCGGGAGGGAUGGGGGUGGAACGUGGCGAAUCGUUCCCAUUUGCCGUUCGGUGGCACAAUAAUAGAUUGGUCAGUCUUGCCCGAACUCGACGAAGCCGCCUUUGCUACUGAUCCGGUAGGCACAAUCCAUACUUUCUUAUCCACUACCAGCGAAGCGCAGAUUGCCGUAUGGCAACAAAGGAUCCGUCGCCACGGCCAAGCUUGGAUGUACGGUUAUGGACACCCGGUCACGUCCAACGACUUUGGCAGGGCCGUCGAGUACGUCUGGCGUUCCCUCGCCGACGCCUUGCCACGCGUCGACGCGUACGGUCUGGCAGAGUGA